AUGCCAUCAACCCAUAAUCGUGAUAAGCCUUGGGAUACUCCCGAUAUCGAUAAAUGGGCUCUUGAAGAGUUUAAAGAAGAGCACAAUGCAUCGGGACUACAUUUCGCUGAGGAGUCCUCGUUUAUGACCCUAUUUCCAAAAUACAGAGAACAGUACCUCCGCAGCAUUUGGAGCGAUGUAACGAAAGCCUUGGAGAAGCACCAUAUAAAAUGCGAAUUGGACUUGGUCGAAGGUGCAAUGACGGUGAAAACAACUACCAAGACAUUUGACCCUGCCAUGAUUAUCAAGGCUCGUGACUUGAUUAAAUUACUAGCUAGAUCUGUACCGUUUCCACAAGCAGUUAAAGUUCUCCAGGAUGACGUUGCUUGCGACGUGAUCAAGAUUGGCAAUUUUGUCACUAACAAGGACAGAUUCAUCAAGAGAAGACAAAGGUUAGUUGGGCCAAAUGGUAACACGUUGAAGGCUUUGGAAUUAUUGACCAAAUGUUAUAUUCUUGUGCAAGGAAACACGGUGAGUGCCAUGGGACCAUUUAAAGGGUUGAAAGAAGUCAGGAGAGUAGUUGAAGAUUGCAUGAAGAAUAUCCACCCUAUAUAUUACAUCAAAGAGUUGAUGAUCAAACAGGAACUAAGUAAAAAUCCCGAGUUGGCCAACGAAGACUGGUCGAGGUUCUUGCCUAGUUUCAAAAAGAGAAACGUUGCAAGAAAGAAGACGAGCAAGAAACCGGCAGCUGAGAACAAGGUCUACACACCGUUCCCACCCGCCCAACAGCCUCGUAAGGUGGAUUUGCAGAUUAAGAGUGGUGAGUAUUUCCUCGGCAAGAGAGAACGCGAGUUGAAGAAAUUACAAGAAAAGAGAAGUAAACAAGAAGAGAAUAGUGAGCUAAAGAGACAGGAGAGAGCCAAGGAUUACGUUGCGCCCGAGGAAGAGCAGUAUGAAAACAAGCUAUUGAAAUCGGACAAGAAAGAGGAGAAAAAGAAGAAGGAGAAGAAAAUAGAUGCAGAAGCCGGACCCGGGGAAGAUGAAGCCCAUGCCAGUGACAAGAAGGAAAAGAAGGAAAAGAAAGAUAAGAAAGACAAAAAGCGGAAGAAGAGCAGUGACGAAGUUGACACCAAGGAGUCAAAACUUCGUAAAACUUCGUAA